AUGAACAACUUCCCAUGUCUAGUCAUACGGGGAAUUUGUGAUUAUGCGGACUCGCAUAAAAACAAGAGAUGGCAGAGACAUGCCGCCGCUGUUGCGGCUGCCUAUGCUAAGGAGCUUCUACACGUGGUGCAACCGGUGGAAGUGAAUGGAGAGCGAGCAGCAUGUGAUAUCAUCAAAGAAGUCAAGCAGAAGGUUGUGGAGACGGCGGAGAAUGUAAACUACCUUAAACGCGGACUGCAGCGGCGAGAAGAUCUGGAUGUACUGGACUGGCUCACACCGAUAAACCUUGGGUCACAACACAGCCUUUAUCGGGAUAAGCAACAAAGAGGCACCGAUUUAACGAAUAUUUCCCAUUCUCUGGCCGGCGAAACCGAGGCUGCUUAUAUAUACUGUGAUUACAGACGCCAGGGCGAACAGACAGCCCUCAAACUUCUUUCCAGUCUCACAAAGCAGUUGUGCCUCUCAAAGGAAUCUUUGUCGCCUGGUGUUGGAGCACUGCAUGCGAAACACACAUCCAAGUCCACCAGACCAUCUCUUCAGGAAGUAACUCAGGCAUUGAAGGACGUCAUCAAGAACUUUACUCGAGUCUAUGUUGUUGUCGACGCAUUUGACGAAUUGCUCGAUGAUGAAGACCAUCGAAAUGCUUUUGUGGACGGACUUCGAAAUCUUGGACAGUCUUCCUCAAAUCUUAAGCUAUUCAUCACUUCAAGACCAUUUCUCACAGACAUUAACCAAUUCUUCGACGAUGCUGCCAAAGUAGAGAUAUCUGCUAACCAGGAUGACCUGGGGAGAUACGUGGACGGUCGCUUUUCAAAAAUGCCAGUAUCAUCACCGCUCCGUGCCAACGAGGUUCUCCAGCAAGAGGUGAAAGAUACGAUAUCACAAGCCGCCCGCGGAAUGUUCCUUUUGGCGCAGUUAUAUAUGGACUCACUCAGAGACAAGUCUACCCCCAAAGAAGUGCGUGAUAUAUUGCAAGGAAUGCAGCAUCAGGACAAUGCAUCAAAGAAGCUUUCGGUAGAGGAACGACUCGACAAAGCCUAUGGCGAAACCAUGGCGCGAAUCGACAAGCAAGAACUAGGCUUUCGGGACCAUGCAAUGCAAAUUCUUCUCUGGAUCACGCACGCAAAACGACCUCUUUCGACAGACGAACUCAGGCAUGCCCUUGCUGUUGAGGUUGGUAGCAACGAGUUGGAUGAAGACAAUCUCGUUGCCAGCCUGGAUGUGUCAAUUUGCGCUGGACUGGCAAUCGUUGACGAUAAAACCCAAGAAGUCCGCCUGGUCCAUUACACUACGCAAAAAUAUCUGGAACAGCGCCACUUCAAACUGUCCUGGAGCAUAAACCCGCAUAACACGAUCACGGAAGUUUGUGUCACCUACCUCAUGUACUCCAUCUUCAAGAGCGGGCCUUGCACUCUCGAAGACCAGUAUCUUGAGCGGAUCUCAAAAUACUCGCUUUGUUUGUAUGCUGCGAAGUACUGGGUCGAGCAUGCUCGUCUUUCUUCUGAGGCCUCCGAGCUUCUUCUUGGAUUCUUGCAGUGUAAAGAGGCCAUGGAGGCUGCAGCUCAGGCUGAUUUUGUUGGGUUAAACAAGUAUAGUUGGUUGUUUGAGACCUGGGGGAGAUAUUACGAAUAUCCACCCCGAUCAGCAUUUCUCUUGGCUGUGAAGUAUGGCCUUCACAAAGCUGCAGAAGCACUUCCCGAAAGAAGUGAGGAUCUGAACGCCCUAUAUGAGCAAAAGACACCACUCUACAUAGCCUUAAGAAAGGGAGACAUGACUAUGGCCCGGAUUCUCCUUCGCAAGGGAGCGCAGGUUCGCGUACUGGGUGGAAGUUCAGUUCUUGAAGCCCUUUGCGAAGAUACAUACGGCAACUUCGAGGUUGAUGUGUCGAUGGUUGAAGAUCUGCUCAAGAAAGGAGCUGAGAUCGCAAAUUCUAAGGGAGAUUGCCAGUUGCUAGUCACAGCAGCUGAACGUGGCCACGAGCAACUUGUCGAUUUCCUAUUAAAAAGGGGUGCCAAGCUGGAGAGUUUGGGUGAUUUACCUCGGACGAGAGGCAAAGUCACACCCCUCUUUGCUACAGCUCACAAAGGGCACCUGGGGACAGCAAUGAUUUUGUGGAAGUCUGGAGCCGAUCCAAAUCGAAGGCUUGGUAUCGAUAAGUCGUCCGCGCUCCAUGAAGCUGUCAAAAUCGGACAUGAACAACUUGUCGAAAUGUUUCUUGGAACUGAGAAUGGUGUGGAUCUCAACAUCUCUGGAGAUUCUUCGGUUGAUAUUUCCCGUGUCGAGUCCCUGGAUUAUGAUCUCAAAGCAGAGACCCACGACUUGGCUAAGGAGUGCAUCUCGAUCUCAGCCCAGAUAGCUGUGGACAUUGAGUUGCAGGAUGGCAUUGGUCAUACCCCAUUAGCAUUGGCCGCGAAACUUGGCAAUUGCCGUAUUGCUGAGAUGAAUGGACGCGAUCAGACGCCACUGGAGGUUGCUUUGGACUUCAAUAAUCAGCACAUGGUCGAUGUACUCUGCAAAGCAGGUGCUGACGUUGAGAGUACGGACUCUCAUGGUCGCAUACAUCUGGAACACGCUAUCUCCAAGGGGUCAGUGGAAUGCCUGAAGGAUUUUUUGAGCUGGCUAAUCAAGCAGGCUCCCAAGAUCAUCGAUAAGUAUGACGAGGAGGAUGAGCGAUGGAAUUACGAAUUGAUGGAUCUUGAAGCGAUGGACGACGUGAUUAUGGAGGAUAUCCCUCUCCAGAGAAGGCAUCACCGAUUCGAAGGAAAUCUGCUCGGCCAGUUGCAAGCAAUAGAGCAGCUGGAUGACUCACAAGAGGAGGGAGGGGUUCAAGACGGCGACGGCGGCAUUCGCGCCAGCAGGAAUACCAUCUGA